CUAUUACUGUUAUCAUGGUCUUAUUCUUCGGUCUUAGUAAAAUGUUUAGUAUUGAACUGAACCCUCUCUACGUAUACUGCUGAUCUUUACACGUCACCGGCUAGCGAGGCUAAAGCCGAGCCAAGUUAAGCAAAUCGUCCAGGUAGGUAACGCCAAUAUCAGCGCCUCACGCACAUCCCCGCCCCUGACGGCUCUAGCAGCACACGCGUGACUCCUCCUCCGUCCCCAGCUGUCCGACCGCCCGCCCGCCUGUUUCAGUUCAUAAUGAAUAUGUAUAGCGUGCAGAGCUGUACCGCUCCGAAACGGCAAAGAAAUUAGAGACAGGGGGACGGAGCAGCGGAAAAGUUAUUUAUCCUGACGUCAAUUAGUAAACAAAAUGGCGAGCUGGCUGGGGGAGGCGGGGAGGAGCGCAAACUGAAAAAAAGAAGAGCGAGAAGUCACAAAUGAACACUCUUAAUUUGUGUAAUCAGUAAGAGUUGUCGGCAUGAAGUCCUUAAUGCGAGUUGGGCCAGCGAAGCAAACUGGAUAGUGGACGAGGAAUGCAGCAAGAGAGACACAAGUAGACGCAACUUUUUUGUCUUCCUUUUUGAUGCAUUUAAUUAUUUUUCUUUCCAGUUCCAAAUGAAAUGAGUGACGGUUGUCCAGCUCUUUUCGGGGCUAUCGCACAAAGCGAUGCACCCCGCAGCUCAUGCACUGCACAUAUACGCGCUUAACACAACGGAUAUUUAAAGAGGCAAUGUGCUGCCUGUCAGGAUCGUAGCGGAUACUUUUUGGAUUGUUUUUUUUUUCUCCUGUUGCUUUUUAAUUUUUUUUUGUUAGAGAACAGCGGGACAUGACCUAUAACAAGGCGCUAGCCAGAAAUGUCCCGAUAGCAGGGAGCGCGUCUCGAGAAUGCACUUUUACGAAGAAGCCACGUUGAUCAGAGAAGACUGACUCCAGCCCGCCGUGACAGCAACACGGGGCCCCGUCGCCCUCCGCAAUAGUCGUUUUUCUCCCCUGUUCCUUUCACUCCCAAAACCAUGGCUGUCAGAUCCAAGCGAGCCUGGAUGAGCGUAGUGCUGGGCUUGAUUGUCGGAUUCACCGCGGCGUCCUGGCUCAUCGUACCCCGGGUAGUGGAAAUCAGUGGCAAAAAGAGAAAAUCGUCCAUCUGCUCAUAUUAUGGCACCGGGGCGGGUAUCGGCAGAAUGGCCGAAAGGCUCGGAGGCAGCGCCAGCAGCAACGUGUGGCCCAAAGAGAGCGACAGUCCCCUGGUUAGCCAGGAGGAUAAGGACGAGGAGAAUGACACUCGCUACAGGACUAGCAACGGCAGCGGGGAUUGGGGGGGUCCCGCUCCCCAGCCCAAGCACUUCCUCUACGUGGGGGUCAUGACAGCAAAGAAAUACUUGGACUCGAGGGCCGUGGCUGCCUUCGCGACGUGGACCCGCUCCAUUCCCGGCAAGGUGGAGUUUUUUUCCAGCGAGGGAUCGGAGGCAGCCCGCCUGCCCCUGCCCAUUCCUGUGGUCUCGCUGGCUGGAGUGGAUGAUUCCUAUCCGCCGCAGAAGAAGUCUUUCAUGAUGCUCAAGUACAUGCACGACCACUACCUGGACAAGUACGAGUGGUUUAUGAGGGCCGACGAUGACGUCUACAUACGAGGUGAGAAGUUAGAAGAGUUUCUCCGAUCCCUGAAUAGCAGUAAGCCGCUGUACUUGGGACAGACUGGUUUGGGCACCACAGAAGAAUUAGGCAAGUUGGCACUGGAGCCUGGGGAGAAUUUCUGCAUGGGAGGCCCAGGAAUGAUCUUCAGUCGAGAAGUCCUCAAAAGGAUGGUACCACACAUAGGAGAAUGCCUGCGGGAAAUGUACACGACUCAUGAGGAUGUGGAAGUGGGGAGAUGUGUCAGGAGGUUUGGGGGUACCCAAUGUGUCUGGUCCUACGAGAUGCAGCAGCUGUUUUAUGAGAACUAUGAGCAGAAUAAGAAAGGGUACAUUCAGGAACUGCACAGCAGUAAAAUACACAACGCCAUUACUCUUCAUCCGAACAAGAGGCCUGACUACCAGUAUCGCUUACACAUCUAUAUGCUGAGUCGGAAGAUUUCAGAGCUGCGCUAUCGUACUAUUGAGCUUCACCGAGAGAGCGCUGCUAUGAGUAAAUUAAGCAAUACAGAAGUGCAGAAAGCAGAUCAACAGCUUGGGCAAAUGCCUUCUUACACAAGGUUUCAGCCGAUGGAGAGGACGGAGGUCAUAGAAUGGGAGUUUCUAACUGGCAGGCAUCUGUACUCUAUGGCUGAAAGCCAGAUACCUCGACAGGGGAUCAACAGUGUACUGAGGACAGCACUGGAUGACGUAGUGCUUCAAGUCAUGGAGAUGAUCAAUGAAAACUCCAAGUCACGAGGGCGUGUAAUAGAAUUUAAAGAAAUCCAGUAUGGCUACAGAAGAGUUGACCCUUUGCAUGGUGCAGAGUACAUUUUGGACCUGUUGCUUCUUUACAAAAAACAUAAAGGUAGAAAAGUCACUGUUCCAGUACGGCGCCAUGCAUACCUUCAGCAGUCAUUCAGCAGGCCAUUUUUCCUUGAACAAGGUGACACUGACGUUAAGGAGCUUGUGGAAGCCAUCAAUUCAGAUUCCCAAUCCUUUUCAUUCCUUUCCAGUUCUUUGAAAAUCUUCUCACCCUUUCAGUUUACUGAGUCAACCAAAGAGAUGAGGGAAAGAGGUGAAAAGAAAAUCCAUAUACUUGUUCCUCUGACAGGACGAUAUGACAUUUUUGUGCGUUUUAUGGAGAAUUUUGAAAAGACUUGCCUUAUUCCAAAUCAGAAUGUACACUUAGCCAUAAUUUUGGUCAACGGCAACUCUGACCCUGAUGGAGACAAACACAUGGCACUGAUGAAGGACUUUCAGAAUAGAUAUCCCAAAGCGGAAAUGUCUGUUGUUCCAAUGACGGGAGAUUUCUCUCGAGGCAUGGCACUCGAAAUGGGUUCUUCACAGUUGGAAAACAACACCCUUUUACUAUUUUGCGAUGUUGAUCUCAUAUUUAAGGCUGACUUUCUACAGAGAUGCAGAGACAACACCAUUCAAGGAGAACAGGUGUAUUACCCAAUCAUCUUCAGCCAGUAUGAUCCAAAAAUAGUUUACAGGGGUGGUCCUCCAGACGACAGUGACUUUGUAUUUACUAAGAGGAGUGGCUUUUGGAGGGACUAUGGAUUUGGAAUUUCGUGCAUGUACAAAAGUGAUCUCACAAAAGUUGGCGGCUUUGACACUUCAAUUCAAGGCUGGGGUCUGGAAGAUGUAGACCUCUUCACAAAAGUGAUUAAUUCAGGGUUGAAGGUUUUUCGAAGUCAAGAUGUUGGCAUUGUGCACAUUUAUCAUUCUGUUCACUGUGACCCAAAUUUAGACCCCAAGCAAUACAAGAUGUGUUUAGGGUCAAAAUCAAGUACUUAUGCAUCUACGAUGCAACUGGCCGAAAUGUGGCUUGAGAAACACUUAGGCGUAGGGUACAACAGAACUUCAUCUUGACAUUCCAGUCCACCAUUCCUUUGCCUUCAAGGGGAGCUUACCUCAGUUUUGAAUGCAAUUGUGUGUGCUUGUGUGUGCUUGUGUGUGUGUGUGUGUGUGUGUGUGUGUGUGUGUGUGUGUCAGAGGGAGAGAGAGUACUGUACGUGUGUAACUGCCAGGUUUCUGUGUCCCUUAGCUAUUCUACAGUGUCUUCCAAAGGACGUGUCAGAAGUGACUGAUCUUCAUGUAUCAUCUAAUCUCGCUGUAAUGCGAAAUCUCUGCAGAUGUGACUUCAUUUUGUUUCUGCUUUGUAUUUUUUGCAAUAAGCAGAGCAUCUGAACAGUUCUCAGGAGCAGCUCCUCCACAAAGCAGCUGCCACUUCCAGUGAAUGUGUGCUGUGAUCUGGUUCUGUGUAGGCAUUCCAGUUUAGUGCUUAUGGAGUUUUUUGGACGAUGCCAAUACCAGUGUGAUUAUAUUCAUAAAUGGUGAUUACAAUAAUAAUAAUAACAGUAAACUGUUGAAAGUACCACAAAAGUGCUUUAAGCUUCCAAAGGGGAAGAAACUCUGUAAUAUAGAAUUGAAGUUUUAUAAUUUAUACAAAGCCGCUAAAAAAUGUACACAGAACUUUCUUCAUCUGCAGUAUUUUUAAAGUAUGUGAAAAAUUCUAAUGAUUGUAUCUUUAUUUUUUGGAAAUAUUUCCAUGAUGUGAACGGUACUGGAUACCAAUAUUCCAUGUCUCAUGAUUAUAUUCAUUUAAGAGUUCUUGUUUUUUAAAUUGUUGAUAAUCUCUUUUUGGUUUUAUUUUGAAAAAUCAAAAAGAGACAUUUUACUGGCAUCGUUUCAGCUUUGUGAUUUUCAUGUUCAGUUUGCUGGCCAGAACAGAAAAAAAAAAAAAAA